UAGCCCUAGAACACGAGAGAGAGAGAGAGAGAGAGAGAGAGAGAGGAUUCAUUGCAAUGGCGAAGGAGAAGUUCAAGGAUGCAGAGAAGGGAAACGCCGUUGAGAAGGAGGCCGAAGAUCUAGAGAACGGCAACGCCAAUGCCGACGCUGCCGUACCGGCGCCGCUGUACCCGAAGAUGGCGGAGGACCCUCGUGCUCGCUGGGCGUUCAUUCGCAAAGUCUACACGAUCCUUGCAUCUCAGUUCCUGUUCACGUCCGCCGUCGGUGCCGUUGGCGCCUUCGUCCAUCCCAUCCCCAAGUUCUUCCUCUCCGGUGGCCUCACUUCAAUAGUGGUCUUCGUUGCCAUCCUUCUCUCCCCUUUCAUUGCGAUGUUCCCGAUGUUGAUUUUCCGCCGAAAGCACCCGAUCAACCUCGUUUUGCUCGCGAUUUUCACAGCCUGCAUCAGCUGCUCCGUCUGCAUUCUCAGCAGCUUCUUCGGCGUGAAGGCAUUCCUGGAAGCUGCAAUUUUGACCUGCACAGUCUUCAUUGCACUCACACUCUUCACAUUCUGGGCUGCCAGAGGCGGCAAUGACUUCACAUUCAUCUUCCCUUUUCUGUUUGCAACCAUUCAUGUCCUACUAGUCUAUCUCAUCAUACAGCUUUUUUUUCCACUUGAUAGGAUUGUCUACACAGUCUACUCCUUGCUAGCUACAUUACUGUUCUCAGGUUUCAUCAUCUUCCACACUGAGAGUCUGAUCAAACGGCAUGGCUAUGAUGAGUACAUAAUUGCAGCCAUUGAUCUGUAUCUGGCUGGUGUCAACCUCUUCACGUCACUCCUUGGGCUUGCAGGCAUUGCUUAAUUAGCAAUAACAAAAUGCUACAUACUCUCCUAAUUACCUUUUACUGUUUAUGAUAAAUAUAACAGUCAUCAAUCAUGAUAUUAAUAGUGUUAUUAUGUUUCAACAGUGCAUGUGAAUACUAAUCAUAUGGAUUUCUUGCAAUACAUGAAAGAUGUGAGCAUCUUAUUAUUA